AUGGCUGAAGCCAUUGUGAGUGGCUGCAUAGAUGUUGGAAGGGCUAGGGAUGAAGAAGGAAGAGGAAGGGGAAGAAGAAGAAAGAAUAAGAAAGAAAAGGGAAGAAGAGGAAAGAAGAAGAAGGGGAAGAAGGGGAAUAAGAAGAAGAGGAAGAAGGGGAAGAAGGGGAAGAAGAGGAAGAAGGGGAAGAAGGGGAAGAACAGGAAGAAGGGGAAGAAGAGGAAAAAGGGGAAGAAGAGGAAGAAGGGGAAGAAGAGGAAGAAGGGGAAGAAGGGAAAGAAGAGGAAGAAGGGGAAGAAGAGGAAGAAGUGA